AUGUCUGACAUAAAGCAAAGCCACGUGCGUGCAGUUAGACUUGUAAAGUUUGUAUGUAAUGAGUUACAAAAGAAAGAGCAAGAGAAAGAGAAAGAGAAAGAAAUGGACUUCGUUCAGGAUUUCUUCAUCCCUGAGAAUAGCACUGCAAUAUUGCACUUAGCGGUGGAGAAUGGAGUAUUUGAACUUGUAGAAAAGUGUCUAAAAGCUUUUCCUGAUCUAAUUUGGUACGCAGACAAACCCCGCAAAAGUGUGCCGUGGAAUGAUGCCACUCAACAUGCAGACACACCCACCGCAAGUUCGAAUCCGCCUGAAUAUCCAGGCACAACCUCUAGACAUCGGAAGUGGCAUGAGGGUCAAGAUGCCGACACAGCCACAGCCACCGGCACCGGACGUUUGUUGUUGCAUGUAGCUAUUGAGCAUCGCCGAGUGGAGAUAUUUAAUUACUUGAUCGCUUACAUUGGAAAGAAUACUAAGGCGUAUGCGGAUUUAAAACUUGAAGGGAAUAACAAUUCUCUUCAUUUGGCAGCAAAAUUGGCUCCUACACUUCAACUCCAAUCUAUCCCAGGUCCUGCAUUUCAGAUGCAGCAAGAAUUCCAAUGGUUUAGGGCUGUGGAAGAAUUAGUUUAUGAAGAGUUAAAGACGGAAAAGAACUUAGACGACAAAACACCUCGAGAAUUAUUCUUCAAUGAGCACAAAGAUUUGCUAAAGGAUGCGAAGGAAUGGAUGAAGGAUACAUCAAACUCGUGUAUGGUGGUAGGUGCUCUGGUAGCAACAGUUUCAUUUGCUGCUGUGAUCACCGUACCCGGUGGCAAUGAUAAUGCCACAGGCGUUGCAAUUCUUGCAAGGAAUAAAUUGUUCAUGGUAUUUUUAGUAUCAAACACAAUAUCCUUGGCAAACUCUGCAGCUUCUCUACUUAUGUUCCUUUCGGUUCAAACGUCGCGAUAUACAGAAGAAGAUUUUCUGGAGUCACUUCCCCAGACUUUUGUCAGAGGUCUAUUUAUCUUGUUUAUCGCUAUAGUCACGAUGAUGAUAUCUUUUGGCACAGCAAUUGGACUUUCGCUUCAAUCAAGCUUUAAGUGGGCUCACAUUGCCACCUUUAUCGUGGCCUGUUUCCCUGCCAUCAUCUUGGGCAUGUCGCACCUUCCUUUGCUUCUCCAAUCGGCCGCUGGACCAGCCAUUUCUCGGGGACAAAGGGAUCGCGAGCAUUGAUUCCUCAGGAUCAAGCCUUGGUUUCUACCGUCUGCCAGAAAAUGACACACAUUGACCUC